AUGGAAAAUGUUCUCAGGGAGCUAUUCAUAAAAAUAAAAGAGAGUGUUCGGGAUAAGAAUGCAAUGUGUUUAGACGGAAUUACUAAAGAAACUGUGAUGGACGGGUUGGUGAGUCUGUUUAAGGAGGGAAACAUAAACAAUGUAGUCGAAUACUUCCGGAAGUACAGGAAGAUAGAAAGCAUAGCAAACAUACCACUCUCUUGCUUAUUUUUACAGAAAUUGCCAGAAAAGGUAAAAGAACCGUUAGAAAUAAGGUACAACAGAGCACUAAAAACAAAAGGGCAUUUUUUGAAGGUGUUAUGCAUGAUGUUUGACAGGAGUGAGACAUUUAUAUUUACUGGAGGAGAGGACGGGCUUAUUAAGAUAUGGGAUGUGUAUGAUGGAAGACUUGUUCAGACGCUGAGGGGAAGGCAUUUUUCACCGAUAUUUGAUUUUGUAGUUGAUUUCAAAAACCGGUACUUUAUAUCGUGUGAUCAGACGGGGUGCAUUGUCUGCUGGGAUUUACAGAAGUUUGAGUGCAUUAAUUCUAUUAGCAUAGGAGAGCAGAUAGAUUAUAUAGACGUGGUGCACACGCAGGCAGAAGCAGAGCCACUGGAGCAGAAGAAGUCAAAGGCCCGGGCAGAGGUGCCGGGAGAGAUUAUGCAGGCAAUAGUUAUAACAAACUCAGGGAGAAUACUUCGGGUAAUUGUUAGUACUGAGGGAAUGCAAGUUGAGACAAUUCUAGAGCAGGUUGAAGAGGGCACCUUUAAUGAAGCAGUCACAACGCGUGGAAAGAAAAUGAUAGUUAUUACCGGCAUGUGGCCAUUUUCAGUGCUAUUGGAUGUAAAUGACCAGGAGAACAGGUUUUACAUAUUAGACACAGAGGACUUACUGGCCUCUUCGGUUGAUGUCUCGCAUAAUUCAUUAAAGAUAGCAGUCAGCACGUACUCCUCUACUUUGAUUAUAUGGAAGUAUGAUAUAGCACAGAAGCCAUCUAAGUCAAAUAUUCCCACUAGAAAAAGGUUUAAGGGAAGAGAGCUGGAAGGGUGUUGGACACGAAGUACAAUUGAGCUGAAAGGCAUGGAUGAAACGAUUUACAACACAGACAUGGUAUACUUAAUUGAUGACAUAACUCUUGUUGCAGUUGAUACAGAGUCUAACAUUAGGCUAAUUAAUACAGAGACAGAGGAGGUAUUUAUGAUAGAGAAAGAGUAUAAAAUUGCUGGUGUAGUAUCACACCCAAAAAGAAAUAUAUUCCUAACAAUAGAAGUGAAUGGGGUUAUAAAAGUAAUUAGUAGCACAGGGGAAAUAUUGAAUAAGAUAAACACAGAAGUCUCUGUGGCCGGAACAAUUGUAAUAGAUUCAACAGGAAGCUUCUUCUACAUAGCAGAUCUAGAGGGAUACAUUUACAAAUAUAGCAUACUAAACGAGCAAAUAAGUGUGCCCGAUACAGAGUAUAAAUAUGAGGAUCUUGAUCAUUAUAAGAAGUACAACACUGAACAGUUACAGUAUUUCACAGGAGCAGAUGGUCAGCCGGUGGAUGAGGGAGUGGUUCGUGUGUGCGAAGAGAGAAAUGCAAUUUUAGAGAGAAUAAGAAAGGCGUAUAUAAAAAGACAGAGACAGAAAGAAAAAGGAAAGAAACUUAGUAAAACGGGCUAUGAUGCAUUUAUAGCAGACUAUGCCGCUUCAACAGAAAGUGUUAAAAUACCUGAAUACUCAUUUUCAAUAGAUAGCUGGAUAAGGAGAAUUGAAGUGUCUGGAAUUCUACAGCUGCAGUCUGAGAUGAUAACUAGCAAAGUGUUUGAAAAAGAGUUCCGCAGACCAAGUCAGGCAAUAAUAGUACCAGACACAGAAGAGGAAAUUUCUCUAUCUGCAGAGAAUGAAGACAGCUCAUCAUCAAACUGGCCAGUUGAGGUGUCUGAUAAUAACUAUACAGCAACAGACGAUGAUACGUCAGAGACAGAUAAUGCAGAGCCGGCAGAGUCGUUAGACUAUUCAGCUGGGAAUAGUGGCGAAGUCUAUGAAGUAAAAAGCACUAGUACAGACAACUCAGAAAGCGGUGUUAAUGCGAAUGAGAGCACAGAAGAAGAUUCAAAUACAAAUGAGCCAAGAAUACUGAGCAGAACAAGAGGAAGAAGGCAGGCGGCACGAAAAGCCAUUUGCCCUGACAUUAAUUAUUUAUACAAUUGGUACAUGUCUGACAAACCAACUCCCCCUCUUCUGCCACAGGCAGGAGAUGUGUUGAUUCUUAUAAAAGAGAGAAUAACAGACAACGCGGUUAAAAAUAAGAUAGAGGACUUAGAAACAGUUGAAAUACAGCAGGUAAUUUAUAAGAAGACAGAAUUGAUCAUAGAUCUACUUAUAGAAAGAACAGGAAAGAGAGAAUCUCUGGCGUAUACAUUAAAUGAGCUUAAUAACAGCCCAUUCACACUGAAAAGUCAGUUACUGGACAUAGAAAACGCCAAAUACAAAAAGAAUGAAGAGAUUUACUACUAUAAAGAAGGCAUUCUAUCAAAAGGGACCGUUAUAAAGAGAAGAAGAGAAUUAUUGGAAAUAGCCACCGACACAGGAGAACGGGCGGUAGAGCUAUAUGAUAUAUACAUUCCCACGGUAAAUUAUUCAAUAGACCUGUCAGAGUACAUAGCCGCAAUUAACAGCUAUAAAAACGAGUAUUACACCUUUUAUAAAGAUGUGUCUAAGAUAGACUAUCCCGAUUACUACGAAAUAAUCAGCCGACCAAUGACUGCAAGUAAAAUUGUUCGAAGAAUAAGGAAUAAGUAUUAUAGAACAAAGGACGAGCUGGUAAAUGACAUACAAACUAUUCUGUCCAAUUGCUGUGAGUAUAACGAAAAUGACUCAGAAAUCGCGAAUGAGUGUAGAGACCUUAUAUCUGUGCUAAUGAAAGCAAUCGAGGAAGCAUAACCCGAAUAACCCGAAUAACCAGUGCUAUUAUACACUUUCUGUCUAAUUAUAGAGUGGUGCUGUAUUAACCAGUCAGUAAUAACCAGAAUAUGCGCUAUAUACGCUUUUAUUAAGAAUAGUCUAAAUACCAUAAAAUAUCAGAAGUACAUGAAAUAUUCAUUUCUUUAAUACUCCUGAAUCAUUCCUCAGAGUACUGCUGGUCUGAGUCUAUUCUUUAA